AUGUACACAGGCCUCACGAUCCUGCGCACGUACGCCGGGCUGCCCGACCCGGGCGUGCUCCCCGACGCGAUCCGCCUCACGCACACCGACUGCUCGCUCACCGUCUUCGACGCGUACCCGAAGGGCGUGUACCACUUCCUCCUCCUCCCCCGCAUCCUCGCCCCGCUGCGCGCCGCGCAGAUGACCGACCUCCAGACGCUCCUCCAGCACCUCGGCACGCGCGACGGCGCGCGCGCGUUCCUGCAGCGCCUCCGCGCCGACGCCGACGCCGUCGUCCGCACCGUCCGCGCCGAGAUGGUCAAGGAGCACGGGACGGAGUGGCCGAUCCAGGUCGGCUUCCACGCGCUGCCGUCGAUGGAACACGUCCACCUGCACAUCGUCUCCUCAGACCUCGCCGGAGAGAACAUCAAGAAGAAGGUGCACUUCAACAGCUUCCACCCCGAGAAGGGCUUCUUCCUCCACCUCGAUGACGUCCUCAGCUGGUGCGACCUCGACGAUGUCGCGUACGCCAAGGUGCGCCCCUUUCUCGCGGCCCCGCGUACGCAGACCGAGCUCGAGUCCCCGCAGAAAAUCAAGUUCAACAAACCCGCCUUGCAGGCGAUCCUCAAGUCAGACAUGCUUUGUGUCGGGUGCAAAGAGACCAUGAAGACGGUGCGCACGGCGCUGGACCACGUCAAGAUGCACUGGCGGCUCAUGCUCAAGGCCAAAGGGUUACCAUACAAGUCCGCCAUCGACCCUAAGGAGUCUGCUGAGACCGAGGCCCUGGAAGAUGCCCAGCGUGACGCAGAGACCGCCGCUGAAGCCGAAGCUCUCGCCAAGGCUCAGGAUAGCGCGACAGAAGUCGAGAGCGCGGAUGCCGGGUCGAAGCGCAAGCGAGCUGCCCUCGAAGAAGCACCGGAGGAUGGAGAGGCUGGCGUCUCCGCCCAGCCCACCGCAAAACGGCGCGAAAACAUACGUCUUGGUUGA